AUGUCUUCGUCCAGCAGCAGUUCGAGCGACGGAGUGGAGGGUGAUUUCAUCGCUGCAUUCCAGGAGGAGUAUGAGGAGGAGAUGCUCAACGAGGAGGUGGUGCCAAGAUGUCGGCGCCGCCGAGAGUUCAUCAGGCGUGAUCGUCUGGGUGCCCACGAUCGGCUCUUCGAGGACUACUUCGCCGACGAUUGCAACUAUCCUCCGAGCUACUUUCGGCGAAGGUAUCGGAUGAGACGAUCCCUCUUCCUGACCAUUGUGGCUAGAUUGGGUGAAUACUCUCCGUAUUUCACCCAAAGAAAUGAUGCUCUCAACCGUGCUGGUUUCUCUCCCCUGCAAAAGUGUACUGCGGCUUUGCGUCUGUUAGCUUAUGGAGCCGCUGCAGAUACAAUAGAUGAGUGGCUUAAGUUAGCUAGACAAACUUCAUCAGAUUGUCUAGAUAGAUUCUGUGAAGGCAUCACUGAGUGUUACGGGGAGACGUUUUACCGUCGCCCAACUGUGGAGGAUACUCAGCGGCUGUUAGCGAAAGCCGAGGAGCGUGGCUUUCCGGUGGCCGGGUCCAACAACGACCUCAAUGUACACGAGUACCACUAUGGUUACUACCUUGCCGACGGCAUCUACCCCUCCUGGCCGGUGUUCAUGAAAGGUGUUACUCUUCCACAAAAUGAAAAGCAGCGAGUGUUCACUUCUGCUCAAUCAGCGCAUCGCAAAGAUGUCGAGUGUGCCUUUGGAGUGUUGAAGGCUAGGUUCAACAUUCUAGCAGUUCCGGGACGCUCCUACUCGAGGCGUACUCUUGGAUUGAUCAUGCGUGCAUGUGUCAUUCUGCACAACAUGAUCAUCGACGAUGAGCGUGGACAAAAUUUGGACAACAUCUAUGAGACAGCUUGCUUCAAAUGUCGGCCCUGCAAUACACCACCAUGCACCACCAAGCCUAGCAGCCAGGAUUCAGAUGGACACCGAAAUGAGGGAGUCACCGAUGUAUACACAGCUCCAGCAUGA